AUGGCUGCGCCGUUGCCGAAUGGCUUGCUGGGCUCUCCUCGGCUCCUGCCUGGUGCCUUUGGCUCCGAACAGCCGCCGGUGGAUGGGGUGCCCAGAUGUGGCUACGGCCAUCCAGUGACCAAAUGCAAAAAACUGAAGCCGUGGCAGGCUUCACUGACUGGCCAUACCUGUGCCAUUUGCUCGUCUGACAUUCAGCGCCUUGAGUUUCGCUGGCGUUGCUCUGAACAUUGCCCAUGGGACAUGUGUCAGCACUGCUACGAGAAUCACUGGAAUCAAGUGAUUCAGGAGGCCACGGUCGUGUUGAACCGCCAACAGCGCUUGGACCUUCUGUCCGCUGUGCCGCUGGAGCGACGUCAUGAGAAAGAUUUUGAAGCAGCUUUUGGAGAGAACCCGGAGGAUGCGAGACUGUUGCAGCCACCGGUGCAAGGCAGUGCUCUUGCUGCAAGCGCCCCGAAAAAGCAGCCGAUUUUGAAGCCGCGUCAAGACAACCCAGAGUCGUUCGAUCCUGGCGAAAGCCUGCAGCUGAUGUGUCCUCAAGGUCACCUGAUCAACAAGAGGAAAAAGCUGAAGCCCUGGCAACAGCUUCAAAUCCUCGUGCACGGUGGGGAAAAACAUUGCAACGAGUGCCAAGAUAAAAUUGCCAGCCAGGAAUUUCGCUGGCGCUGUGAGCAUCACUGUGAUUACAACGUUUGUGUGGACUGUUAUCGGUCGCAUUGGUCAGAAAUCUUGGCCAUGGUGCACAAGAUGCGCGAUGAGCAGAAGUGUUGGCAAAUGCUGGGUGCUAUUCCUCUGCAUUUGAGAGAUGAUACGGAGUUCCAAGCAGCAAAGGCUCGGGUGAACCGCCGCGCCGUGCGCGAGAACCGGGAAGUCCCUGCAGAAGGGACUGCCAUGGAGCAGCAAGCCGCACUUUCUGCCUAUGGGACGGAAGCUGGACCCAAGCAGCUGAAGCUGCGCAUCCAGGGAGCUAUCCACGCAUGGGACACAUGGCUGGAAUGGAGCCCACAUUUCGAGAUUGCCCUCUGGGUGGUCUUGGGCUGGGCUUCAGAGUCCCGGAUUUUUGCAAGAACUUUCUGGCUACAAGGCACUGUGAGUAAUCCAAUUUUUCCGCAUCCGCUGCUGAUUGCCUGCAUCAGCACUGCAAUUGCCUCGGGUUUUCUGCAAUUUCUUCUUCUUGCCUUGAGAAUAUUUCGCCGCAAGUUUGGGGAGCUCCCACCAGCUCCUGCUCCGCCCCCAGCUCUUUGGCCUGCGAUCCAAGCCAUCCGUCAGCUGCACCUGGACGCUGCCGCGGGUGCCGCGGGUGCCACGGGCCGCCGGCGGAAACGCUCGCGGCGGCGGGCGGUUGAAGCUCCGGCACCGCCGCCCUUGCAGCCACAGAUGCUGCAUGUCUAUUUGUUUCUUGGCAUUUUCAUCGGUCUUGAAACGGGCAUCACCUGGACAUUGUGGUACUACUGCAAGCAAAGGCCCACUCUUGGUCUUCAUCCACUAGCCAUGCUGCUGGUGGGACUGUUGGUCGGAAACGAGUCUCGCAGAGAUCAUCGUCUACUCUUGUCGAUGAUGUUGGCGUCCCUCAGCGGUUUCCUGAUCUUUCCCGCAUGGAAUGCAUGGAAUGCCGGAGCGAAUUCCGAAGCAGAAAUCUAUGGCAUGGCUUUCGCGAUGCUGGCGCAGCUACUAACCAUGGCUCGUUGGGUUUUUGUCAAUGCUGUACUGCCCAAAGUUCAUCCAGCCUCGGAUCGAUUCGCAGCCACCAUUGUGUUAGCUGCCAAUGUGGCUGUCGUUGCAUCUACGGCCUUGCUGGAGUUGACCACAGUGCUGGACUUUCGAGGUUACUUGGACAUCCUGGAAGUAGAGCCACUUUCGUUCCUUCUGCGGGUUAGUGGCAUUGGGUUUUGCGUGGCAGUGAAACUGGUGGCUUUCAUGAAUCUGUCCAGAGUGACGUCUUUUCCCUUCAUGGGGAUCUUGCCCAUCAUCGCUGCAGUCCUUGACAAAACAGCUGGCUUUGGCUUCAGUAUGAAAGAGCCCCCUGUCACCCUAUCGACAAAGGUGUUGGGCAUCCUUUUGUGUGUUGCGUGCCGUUUGUUGCUCCAACGCCCCUUAGACGAUGCUGGAGGUUCUCCAGCUUCUGAGCCCAAUCAGAAGAAGGCCAUCCGGAAUGCGGAAAAAGACAGGCGAGCCAGCUGCAGCUUCGCAGACCGCGUGGCCAGUUGCACCAAGGAGGAAUAUCUUCUGCGCCGGUCAUUUCAGCAUCGGCAAACAGUUUUAGCCUCGAUUCUAGCGCUUCGGGAGAACGAACUCUUCGUGGUAUCCUUUGGCGUGGGCACCAAAUUCCUGAAGGAGGCAAAGUCGAAAGAUGCAGUGCGCGAUCUCCAUGCUGAAAUCUUGGCACGGAGGGGCCUGCUGCGUUUCCUCCAUGAGGAUUUGUUGCGCUGCUGGAAGGGUGAGACUACUGUGCUGGUGGAACGGUGUAAGGACAACUGGUGCAAACUUCGCGAUGAUGUUUCGUUGCAUUUGUACACCUCCUCUGUCCCGUGUGGCAACGCUUCCUGGAAGCGUUGGGCAAAGGGUGGAAGUCAGUGUCCUCAUGUCGAUUCCCAAGCAUCUAGCCUGUGGCCAAAGCAGCUACAUCCAUUGAUUCAUUUGCAUGCGAGACGAGAAGGCCAAGCAGCCUUCCUGGUGAAAUCUGAUUUGAAGGAAGAUCAGUCAAAGCCUCACGGCAUCGGUCCAGUGCCUGCCGGAACAGCGCCAUUCCUUUCAGAGUGCAGACAUAGGUCGCAGGGCCCAUUGAGCUGCAGCGAUAAAAUGGCACAGUGGUCAGCGUUGGGCCUUGGCAACUUGGAACUUUCGGGCGGACUACGUCCCUUGCACUUGGCCACUUGCACGGUGGGGCGCAAGUUCAGUUGGCCUCACGCAGCGAGAGCUCUUUGUUGUCGACUCCAAGAUUUUGAUCGCAGCCAUGUGGAGGAGCUUCCGGAGGGCUACGGCAUUCAGCAUUUGGACCUGCUUGGCUGCAGCGUGAAGCUGGAUGAUGGCGUCUAUGAGGACUUUGCCUACGAAAAAAAUCCUUUGCUACUGAAGUCCUGA